UAUCCUCCAUAACUAGGAAUGUGAACGUGUGCUCUUUCGUAUCUCUUUCCGCCGACCCUUUAUAAUCCCCCAAACAAACAAACCCUUAUUGUUCUACAUGUUCUAGAUCUAGGCUCUUUCUUUUUUUCUGUUCUUGAUUUGGGUUUUUACAAUUCAAGAAACCCCUUUUUUCUUCAUAUUUGUCUUAGUUUACCUUUUGGGUCACCCCCAAAAAAUUAGAAUUUUGAGUUUCUGAUCCCUUCUUGGUGAAUUUGGCCAUUUUUUGCUCUGUAAAGAUUGGAUUUUUGGUCCUUUUAUUGAACUACUAGAACAAGAUUUUUUUUUGACAAUGGCCAAGCAAUAUGGGGUGACGAAACCUUUGUCUUUAGCAGGGCCUAUGGAGGCUGAUAUUCAGCGUACUAAAGAAUUGGAAAAGUUUUUGGUUGGUGCUGGACUAUAUGAAAGUGUUGAGGAGGCUGCUAAGAGAGAAGAAGUUCUCUGCCAACUAAAACAGAUCGUGAUGGACUGGGUGAAAGAUCUUACUCGACUAAGAGGGUAUAGUGAUCAGAUGGUUGAGGAUGCAAAUGCUGUCAUUUUAACCUUUGGUUCUUAUCGGCUUGGGGUGCAUGGUCCUGGAGCUGACAUAGACACAUUAUGUGUUGGACCAUCUUACGUGAAUCGAGAGGAUGACUUCUUUUUUGUAUUGCAUAAUAUUUUGGCGGAGAGGGAAGAAGUUACUGAACUACAACCAGUUCCUGAUGCACAUGUCCCUGUUAUGAAGUUUAAGUUUGAUGGGAUCUCAAUUGAUCUUCUCUAUGCAAGCAUUUCUCUUUUGGUUGUACCAGAUGAUUUAGACAUUUCCAGUGAAUCGAUGUUGUGCAAUGUUGAUGAGCCAACUGUAAGGAGCCUUAAUGGCUGCAGGGUGGCAGAUAAAAUUCUUAAACGUGUUCCAAAUAUUGAGUUUUUCCGGACCACACUUCGGUGUUUAAAGUUUUGGGCUAAACAGCGUGGUGUUUAUUCAAAUGUGACUGGAUUUCUAGGUGGAGUGAACUGGGCUCUUCUGGUUGCUCGGGUUUGCCAACUUUAUCCAAAUGCUGUUCCGAGUAUGCUGGUUUCUCGUUUUUUUCGUGUAUAUACACAAUGGCGCUGGCCAAAUCCUGUUAUGCUUUGUGAGAGAGAGGAUAAAGAAUUUGGAUUUUCUGUCUGGGAUCCACGAAAAAAUCCUUGGGACCGGACACAUCAGAUGCCAAUUAUUACACCUGCCUAUCCUUGCAUGAACUCUAGCUACAAUGUGUCUGCAAGUACUCUUCGAGUUAUGACAGAACAAUUUGAAUUCGGUAACAACAUAUGCCAGGAAAUUGAGCUGAAUAAAGCCCGGUGGACUGCACUGUUUGAGCAGUAUCCUUUCUUUGAAAGCUACAAGAACUAUUUGCAAGUUGACAUAGUUGCAGCUGAUGCUGAUGACUUGCUUGUGUGGAGAGGCUGGGUCGAAUCCCGGUUAAGGCAGCUUACUUUGAUGAUAGAGCGGGACACAUUUGGGAAAUUGCAGUGCCAUCCUUAUCCCCAUGAGUAUGUGGACCCCUCCAAACAAUGCGCACAUCGUGCCUUCUUCAUGGGUUUGCAGAGGAGGCCAGGGGAGUUGGUUCAAGAAGGGCAGCAAUUUGAUAUUCGCGGGACAGUUGAUGAGUUUAGACACCAAGUAAACAUGUAUAUGUAUUGGAAACCAGGAAUGGAAAUGUUUGUGUCCCAUGUUCGUAGAAAGCAGAUUCCCUCUUAUGUUUCACCAGAUGGAUAUAAACGAAGGCUAAUGGGUGGGCUGCUGGCAGAGAAACCUUCCUCUGAAAGAGGGUUGAAAAGGAAAAAAGAGCUUGAAGGCGCAGAAGAGAAGCAACAGAGUCAGGACAAAAGACCAUCAAUUAGCCCUCCAAGGGAUUCAGCUUCACCCGAGCUUAUUGUUGGUCAGAAAAAUGGCAUGUUCUUACAACAGUGUUCCUUGACAGUUACUCGAGGGAAGAGAAAGAGUGAAGAAAUUUCAGAUAGUUUGACAAAUGAUACGACGGAGUUUGCUGGUACCUCUGGGGAACCUGCACAUGAAUUGCUCCGACUCAGCCAUGACGGUCGUCCUGUGGGCAGUACUGGUUGCAACUCUCUAUGUUCCUCUCAGGGUGACUUAUACAGGGCCGAGUCCAAGUCACUUUUGAAUAAUGUAUGUGAAAAUGGUUCAAGGUUUAUUGAAGAUGCGUUGCUGGAGUUAGAGCCAAAAGCAGCACAUGGAAUGUUAACAUCUCUGGAUAGCAUUGGAUCGGAGUCUGUACAAAAAUCUUCUAUAAGGUAUAGAGUUACGUCAACUGCUUGAAAGAAGUGGAGUUUCAUGGCAUUGAGGGAUGAAAAGUCAGCUCAACACGAUUAGUCGUUUUCUCAAAUGAUAGAUUUUCUAAAUCGGAUGCCUAUCUCAUAUUAGAGAUCAUAAUGGAGGGGGUGGCAUUAUUAGAGAUCAUAUUAGAGAUCAUAAUGGAUCCGUGAUAUGCGCUUUUGCUGAGUAUUAUGGGGAUUGCAGUAACAAUCUUGCAGAAGCUAAGGCAAUGCUUAGAGGUAUCAUUCUAUGUAUCAAUAAUGGUUUCACUAACGUGAUAGUUGAAUCAGACUCUAUGAUUAUUCUAAAUUUGAUCAAGAGAAUUAAAAAGCCACCUUGGCAGCUAAAUCACAUUAUUGAACAAGUUAUGGAUUUGAUCAAGAAUGACAACUUUAUCUUUUGUCACACUCUUAGAGAGGGUAACAACACUGCAGACAUGUUGGCAAAUCUAGGAGAGGAGGCCAAGAAUACAUUUAUCUUCAGUGGAACUGUUUCCAUUCAUUCUAAUAUUAGAGCCUCAAUAAAGUUAGAAACUGAUGGACUACCAAACUUCAGAUUCAGCAAAAAGAAGAACAAAUAUGUCAUUCAUGACAGUGGAUAAUCUUUUCUUAAUACUCUCCACUAUGUACAUAGCGUCACUUAGCGAUGCUACAAAUUCCUUAGGGGAUUUCCAACACUUUUAUGCACAUGCUAGAUAUUUUUGCUUUCA